AUGCGACCCGGCACCGAGAGAGCCUCGCUCACACCCCCGCCGAGAGGCCACGGUGACGACGGGACAAGGCAUGCCACCGCCGCCACCGCGCGCCACACCCCGGCAGCGGGUCCCACGCGGUGCGCGACCCUGGCACGCGGACCCGGAACGCCCGACAACCCUCGGGAGCAACCUCUUGCGCGCGGGGGCCGCUCGGCCGGGAGCGGGAUCUUCUGCCAGGCGGCGAAGACCCCGGCUCCGGUGCGGGAAAGGGUCGGAGGAGCCGCCUCCCCCGACCCCCGAAGGCGUCCGCACCCCUUCGCCCUCGCCGUUUUUUCCCAGCGCUCGCCGGCGCGUCGGCCGCCGAGCGAAGGGGACGAGGCAAGGGGCGAGCGCACCUCCGGGAGGGGCCGUGCCGAGCACCCCUCCCUCCCGCACGCAGGCGGCUCUCGCGCGCCAAGAAGAGCCGGGCUCGGGAGGACUCGGGCCGCGCGCGCCCACGCGGGCGCCCACGCGGAGGAACACCGGCGACCGGCGUUCGGCGGCGCCGGCCGCGGUGGCGCGAGGCUCAAAAGGCCGGCCGCCCCCCCCGCUCUCCGGCGGGGACGGACCGGCGGCGGACCGGCGCAGUGGGGGGGGGGGGGGGGGAAGGAAGGGUGGAGCCGCCGCGACGGCGACGAGCGCACCGCGCUUCGAUGCCCGGCCGCGACGCGCGGUGUAGCGCAGGGAGGGCCCUGCCCGCGCGCGCGGUGGCGGGCGCGCACGGCGCGCUUCGCCGCGCCGAGCGGCUUUCUCUCCCCCCCCCACCCCGCCCCCCCAGGUGCCGCGCGCCUUCCAUCUCUCUGGGGCUGCGCGCGCGGCGCCGUCGGAAAGGGCGCGUGGCCCCCCCGGGUACCCGCCGAGGCCGGCGGCAGGGGGGCCGAGCGAGCGAGCGAGCGAACGGAGCGGGCGUUUGAGACGCCGCACGCGGCCGGCCGGACGGCCCGGCACGCGGGCAGGCGCCAGCCCCCCGAUAGUCAAGUUCGACCGUCUUCUCGACACUCCGGCAGGGCCGUGGCCGACCCCGCCGGGGCCGAUCCGAGGACCUCACUAAACCAUCCAAUCGGUAGUAGCGACGGGCGGAUCAACCAGGUAGCCGCCACCCACGGCGGCGCCACGGAGGCACGCGAGCAACGCGGACCGCCCGGCCCCACCGGCCAACGCCCUGCCAACCCUGACCGCCCCGGCUCUUUCACCGCUCCGACCCGCGGGAGCGGCAUCGCGGACGCGACGGUGGCGGCAUGGCAGCGACGCCAACCGGCGAGCGGCGGCCGACGCCAUCGCAAGCCCGGAGGCGCCUGGGGCGGGGAACGGCAGCACGGCACGGGGACCUUCCCACCCCCCCUCACCCGCCGCAAAGCGGCGGAGAGGCGCGGGACGCCCUCGGCAACGGCCGACCCCGGCGGCCGGCCCUUCCCGCGCCGCCGCGGGCAAGGAGCCGGGACCGCUGCGCAGCUUUCGGCUUCGGACGACGCGGGCCUCUCGGUCACGGCCCCCCCCCCCCCCCCCGGGGGGGGAAAGGGGACACCUGAGGGCUCGCGGGGCCACGCGGCCGUCACACAGCCCGGGACGGUAAAGACGCCCUCCCGGCAGCGGGAGCGGCGACACCUCGCCUGCGACGGGAAGCGAAUUGGAAAGGAGACCGCCCUGCCAGAGCACCGGACACCGCCGUGGCUUCCCCAUUACAGAGAGCCCCGGAAGAGCCGGCCCGCCGGGGGCCCUUUCCGACGCGACCCGAAAAGCCUCAUCGAUCGGCUGACAAAAGAGGAGCGAAAGAAGGCCCCGCGGCCUCGGUCCUGGGACAACGGCAGCCCGAAGCGCGCACCCACCGGCCGAGCUCCGCCACGGUUCCAGGCGGGCAGCGGGCAGACGGACGCGGGGCUGCUUUUUUCCACGGGCGGGACACGUCCCCGAGAGGCCCCUGCCCGCGGCUUGGCGCCGCCGAGCCUCCCCGACGCACCCGAGAGGCCGCCGACGCCGGCGGGCCGACUUCGCAGCGGCUUUCGCAUCGGUCACAGCGGAGAAGCGCGGGGAGGGUGCCGCCACCCGACCCCGGCUGCGGACGACGACUCCCUUUAUCGAGCGAGACAACAUCGGGACGGCACCAACCGGGGGAGGGAGGCCACGGCCAAGGCCGCGCUCCCGACGCCCCAGGGAACCUUUCCGAGCGUGCGAGGAAGUGCCACCGACCAUGCCCACGGGCCACCGGCUUUCGCCCGCCUCGCGGCGAUCGGCUUCCCUCCGGAAAAGCCGGGCGGGAACGUGGACCUUCUCGCAACCCAGCCCGCCGGCAACCACGGCAGCCGGGACAGGCCAGACACCACGGGCCGCCCCAGCGUCGCGGCUCAGUCAACGCCGGCCGAAAACAAGGAAGGGCGAGGCGCCGCCGCCUCGCCAGCAGCAUUCUCACAGGGCUCUCUGUCGGGCUUCCGGUCCACUCUCGGCAGGCAGGCCGGCCACCGCAGGCCGGCCGCCGCCCCUGAGACAUUCCCGCCCGCUGCGCGGGUUCCCCAGCUUAGGGCCGAGGAAGGGGGACGCAACUUCAAAACACAGCGGGACGGGGGGGGGGGCGAGGCGCCGCCGCCCCGCCGCCCCGCAGCAACAUCGGGCGACUCCCGUCACCGAGCCCCUCGGCCAACCGGGCGAGGCCGAGGCAAGGCCGCGCGCCCCACCGAGCGUUCCCGAGGCACCGCCGACACACCAAGCACAGGUCGGGAGCCGGGAACGGGGCGCCGCCACCUCGGCCAACUGGGCCCACCAUCCUCGGAGCUCUCGGGGAAGGGCCAGGGAAAGCCCCGUCAGGGCUCCGCGAAACACAGCGCGCCCCGGCCGCGUUCGCCCCACCGGCUGCCAGCCACCGCACCAGACUGA